AUGGAUGAAUUAUUGCAGAGCAGGCCGUUAGGCGAUUCUUCAAAUCAUGACCUAAAGGGUCAACGCCAAGCUAAUCAAGAACUUCACGAUGAAAUCGAUCAAUUGGCUCAAUCAAACAGAGACUAUGAACGCCGAACAUACAAUCUUGAACGGGAUAUAGUUUUACGUGAGGAAAGAAUUCGAUAUCUCGAGGAGGAGUUAGCAAAUACAAUCGAACUUUCAAUACAAGAAAGGGAGGAAUUGGAAAAAGAGACACCAGACCUAAAAAAAAUCGUUUAUCAUCUUAAAAAGGAGAUCGAACAAAAAGAUAAGGAACUUAUUACCAGGGAAAAUCAAUUAGCUGAAUUUGAUGUCAGAGAAAAAAAACUCAAAACCCGAAUUCGAGAAAUAUCAAAAUCUGCAGGUAAUACUCCUAAAGCAUACAACCAAACGGCAAAGUUAAUAGAUGAGAAUGAACGUCUCAAAUGUGAAAUUGAUACUUUAAAAUAUAAUCUUAAAGAUCGCGACAAUAAAUUAGCUCAGAAAAAAACUCGUAUUAUAGAUUUACAUUGUCAAAACUUUGCAUUAGCAUUAUUAAGAUACAGAGAUAGAGUAGAACUUAUAAAUACUCAAGAAACUUUACAAAAUGCUCAGAUAUGGAAUAUAGAAAAUGAAUAUGAAAUAGACGAAAAUUCACAGGAUAGUUAUACAUCUGAUCCAGAUAUGACAACAAUAAUUGAGUUGGCUGAUACUAUUGAUAAUUAUUUGGAUACCCCUGGAACAAAUAGAACAAUUUUAUCCAAUCAAAUAAAAAGAGUAACACGACAGAUACGUCGCAAAUACAACAAUCUUCAAACAGAUCUUAUAAAUGAGCAACAACGAAGAUAUAAUGCUGAAGCAGAACGAGACCUACGUCAAACAGAAUUAAGAAAUACAGAAGCUGAUCUUAAUUUAAUGACUAUUGCAUAUAAUGGUGAAGUAAAAGAACGACGUCGCUGGUACUAUUCCUAUAAAGAUAAACAUAGACAUGUUAUAAAUUUACAACGGGAUAAAUUUACUAUACAUUUAUUGUUACAACGAUACAAAAGGCAGUUAAAUGCAUGUCGUACUGAAAAUGGAUUAUUAGAAUAUAACCGCCAAAUGCCUCCUGAUGAUUAUGUAAAUACAUUAGAACAAGCAUGGUCUAUUGCAGUACCUCAGAUGACUGCUCUUGAAACUGCAAAUGCUGGAGAUUUUGAUGAUGCCAUUAAAUGUAAUGUUUUAAAAAGCAAAAUAGGUGGUAACGUUUAUCAACAAUCUUCCUAUAACUCUAAAAUAAUAGAAGCUCCAGUAAUUUCGCAAUCACCUGAUAUACAAAAAAUGAUUAACGAGGCAUUAGAAAAACAGAAAUCUGAUUCUGAUGCUGUGAUAGAAAAAUUAAGAAAGGAAGUUCAAUCCCAAAAAGCACAGAAAACUCAGGCACCAGUUGAACCGGUUAGACAACCAAGAGGUCCCCCAUCAAAUUUAAAAACGGAAAAAGAUUAUGAAAAUUAUUAUUUAGCGAAAUACUAUAACGAUUUAGGUAUAUAUGAUUUAGAUUCAAAUUAUCCUGAAAAACCUUUUCAAAGAACAAACCAAUCCGCUAGAAUGGAUAGAAUAGAAUCAAAAGUGGACGAAAUUGGACAAAUGACAUCUCAAUUCGGAAAAAUGGUACUUGAAAAUCAAUCCAAAAAACCGAUAGCCAAAUCAAAUCGAACACAACGAUAUUAUCCUUUUCAACCAAUAAAUUAUAACUUUUCAGCUAAUAAUGAAAAUAGUGGAUAUAAUGAAGAAAAUGAUAUAUGGUAUGGAGAUGAAGGGUUGGAAGCUCAUAGAAAUGCUGAAAAAAAUCAAAACAAAGCAAUUGGAAAAGUCAAAUUUUCUGUUCAAAUUAGUUCUCUAAAAAUUUGGUUAGUCUCUACAUUAUUCUAUUCGAAACCAAUGUUUGAUCAACCAUAUCUUUCUUCAAGUCCAAGAGAUUUUUGGUCGAAUAGGUGGCAUCAAUUAAUCCAUGAAAGUUUUGUAGAAUUGGCAUAUAAGCCUUCAAAAUCUCAUUUAAAACCAAAUAUAUUAGGCGAGAUAAUAGGUGUUUUAGGUAGUUUUUUCAUAAGUGCUGCAAUACAUGAAUACAUAAAUUAUACCACUUUUGGUGUAAGUUAUGGUGAACAUUUUGGAUUUUUUUUAUUUCACGUUUGCUAA